CUGUGACGCGAACUACGUGUUACUUAUUCGAAUGCUGAACGUUGCUGGCGGGCUCUAGACCACAACGCUUACAAGGAAGUACAAGAACAGCCACGCGUGUUGCGUCUCCGAGCGUUCAGUGGGUUGGGAUGACGCACCACGGGGGUACACUGUGAUGUCAUGGCAUUCCAUAUUACUCGUGGAGCAACGUUCGGCCUGCUGCUGGGUGAACCAUUGGGCACCUCAGGCUGCCUACAUAAAUGGAAGGUGUCGGCGUUCGAUAUGACUCAGAAGCUCGCCUCCUGUCAUGCUGCAAUGCUUCUCCGUCCUCUCACCGACGUUUAUAAAGGCGCAUCCUCACCGGGACAUCCGUUUCGCUCCUUGCCCUCGUACCCCAUCAUGGCCAGCGCAAUCAAGACCGUCGCCCAGUCAGUGCUGGUCCCAGCGACCGACAAAGCCAAGAUCGCAGACUUGCAGAAAGACAUACCUACGCAUAUAGCGAGUCGUACAUGCCCGAGGCGCUGCAGCUCAUGGAAACUCCAAGCUUCAGGUCUGCGACAACAGUGCAUCAAAGUAUACUUACGCACCUGUGCUCUCGGACCCAUCGCGUACGACGCCGGCCUUUUUUCGCCUCAGUAUUGUUCAAGGCUCUCGCGGUAGUGCGGUACGCAUAUACUCGGCGUGGGCCGCUUCGCGCUAUUCCACAACACUGGCAGCAUCCUUGACUCCGCUCUUCAGCAAAAGCGCAAGGAUCUCAUGCCAGGAGACAUCGUGGGCGGUAUCGGAGGAGUUAGAACCAGCCUAAAUGACGACGGGACCGAGACUCCCCUUCGCCUCCUCCCUCGGCGGCCCGUGGGUGAAGAAGCGGGCAGAGUCGACGGACGACCGAAUCUUCCGAGCCUU